AUGCAUCAGCUCCGAGCAGGAGGCAACUUAAUCCGUUACACAUGGGAUGAAGAUUUCAUCACAGCGAAGGCCAGGUACACAGCGAGCAGUGACACCUGCACACUGACUACCACCGUUGCUUGGGUGCAAAUUGCUGCCCAUGCAGUGAUAGGCAAUGAGCCAGCCACACCAGCCGCAACUGUUGCUGAUGUGAUAGGCAGCAGCGACAUCGGUCUCAACCGCGCCAAACCUGUGCGCGACAGCCGAGCAGAAGCACAAAAAUUAGGUGGGACAAAUCCGGCUGAAGGCAACGAGAAGAAGGCAACGAGAAGAAGGCAACGAGAAGAAGGCAACGAGAAGAAGGCAACGAGAAGAAGGCAACGAGAAGAAGGCAACGAGAAGAAGGCAACGAGAAGAAGGCAACGAGAAGAAGGCAACGAGAAGAAGGCAACGAGAAGAAGGCAACGAGAAGAAGGCAACGAGAAGAAGGCAACGAGAAGAAGGCAACGAGAAGAAGGCAACGAGAAGAAGGCAACGAGAAGAAGGCAACGAGAAGAAGGCAACGAGAAGAAGGCAACGAGAAGAAGGCAACGAGAAGAAGGCAACGAGAAGAAGGCAACGAGAAGAAGGCAACGAGAAGAAGGCAACGAGAAGAAGGCAACGAGAAGAAGGCAACGAGAAGAAGGCAACGAGAAGAAGGCAACGAGAAGAAGGCAACGAGAAGAAGGCAACGAGAAGAAGGCAACGAGAAGAAGGCAACGAGAAGAAGGCAACGAGAAGAAGGCAACGAGAAGAAGGCAACGAGAAGAAGGCAACGAGAAGAAGGCAACGAGAAGAAGGCAACGAGAAGAAGGCAACGAGAAGAAGGCAACGAGAAGAAGGCAACGAGAAGAAGGCAACGAGAAGAAGGCAACGAGAAGAAGGCAACGAGAAGAAGGCAACGAGAAGAAGGCAACGAGAAGAAGGCAACGAGAAGAAGGCAACGAGAAGAAGGCAACGAGAAGAAGGCAACGAGAAGAAGGCAACGAGAAGAAGGCAACGAGAAGAAGGCAACGAGAAGAAGGCAACGAGAAGAAGGCAACGAGAAGAAGGCAACGAGAAGAAGGCAACGAGAAGAAGGCAACGAGAAGAAGGCAACGAGAAGAAGGCAACGAGAAGAAGGCAACGAGAAGAAGGCAACGAGAAGAAGGCAACGAGAAGAAGGCAACGAGAAGAAGGCAACGAGAAGAAGGCAACGAGAAGAAGGCAACGAGAAGAAGGCAACGAGAAGAAGGCAACGAGAAGAAGGCAACGAGAAGAAGGCAACGAGAAGAAGGCAACGAGAAGAAGGCAACGAGAAGAAGGCAACGAGAAGAAGGCAACGAGAAGAAGGCAACGAGAAGAAGGCAACGAGAAGAAGGCAACGAGAAGAAGGCAACGAGAAGAAGGCAACGAGAAGAAGGCAACGAGAAGAAGGCAACGAGAAGAAGGCAACGAGAAGAAGGCAACGAGAAGAAGGCAACGAGAAGAAGGCAACGAGAAGAAGGCAACGAGAAGAAGGCAACGAGAAGAAGGCAACGGGAAGAAGGCAACGGGAAGAAGGCAACGGGAAGAAGGCAACGGGAAGAAGGCAACGGGAAGAAGGCAACGGGAAGAAGGCAACGGGAAGAAGGCAACGGGAAGAAGGCAACGGGAAGAAGGCAACGGGAAGAAGGCAACGGGAAGAAGGCAACGGGAAGAAGGCAACGGGAAGAAGGCAACGGGAAGAAGGCAACGGGAAGAAGGCAACGGGAAGAAGGCAACGGGAAGAAGGCAACGGGAAGAAGGCAACGGGAAGAAGGCAACGGGAAGAAGGCAACGGGAAGAAGGCAACGGGAAGAAGGCAACGGGAAGAAGGCAACGGGAAGAAGGCAACGGGAAGAAGGCAACGGGAAGAAGGCAACGGGAAGAAGGCAACGGGAAGAAGGCAACGAGGAAGAAGGCAACGGAGAAGAAGGCAACGGGAAGAAGGCAACGGAAGAAGGCAACGGGAAGAACGGCAACGAGAAGAAGGCAACGAGAAGAAGGCAACGAGAAGAAGGCAACGAGAAGAGGCAACGAGAAGAAGGCAACGAGAAGAAGGCAACGAGAAGAAGGCAACGAGAAGAAGGCAACGAGAAGAAGGCAACGAGAAGAAGGCAACGAGAAGAAGGCAACGAGAAGAAGGCAACGAGAAGAAGGCAACGAGAAGAAGGCAACGAGAAGAAGGCAACGAGAAGAAGGCAACGAGAAGAAGGCAACGAGAAGAAGGCAACGAGAAGAAGCAACGAGAAGAAGGCAACGAGAAGAAGGCAACGAGAAGAAGCAACGAGAAGAAGGCAACGAGAAGAAGGCAACGAGAAGAAGGCAACGAGAAGAAGGCAACGAGAAGAAGGCAACGAGAAGAAGGCAACGAGAAGAAGGCAACGAGAAGAAGGCAACGAGAAGAAGGCAACGAGAAGAAGGCAACGAGAAGAAGGCAACGAGAAGAAGGCAACGAGAAGAAGGCAACGAGAAGAAGGCAACGAGAAGAAGGCAACGAGAAGAAGGCAACGAGAAGAAGGCAACGAGAAGAAGGCAACGAGAAGAAGGCAACGAGAAGAAGGCAACGAGAAGAAGGCAACGAGAAGAAGGCAACGAGAAGAAGCAACGAGAAGAAGGCAACGAGAAGAAGGCAACGAGAAGAAGGCAACGAGAAGAAGGCAACGAGAAGAAGGCAACGAGAAGAAGGCAACGAGAAGAGGCAACGAGAAGAAGGCAACGAGAAGAAGGCAACGAGAAGAAGGCAACGAGAAGAAGGCAACGAGAGAAGGCAACGAGAAGAAGGCAACGAGAAGAAGGCAACGAGAGAAGGCAACGAGAAGAAGGCAACGAGAAGAAGGCAACGAGAAGAAGGCAACGAGAAGAAGGCAACGAGAAGAAGGCAACGAGAAAGAAGGCAACGAGAAGAAGGCAACGAGAAGAAGGCAACGAGAAGAAGGCAACGAGAAGAAGGCAACGAGAAGAAGGCAACGAGAAGAAGGCAACGAGAAGAAGGCAACGAGAAGAAGGCAACGAGAAGAAGGCAACGAGAAGAAGGCAACGAGAAGAAGGCAACGAGAAGAAGGCAACGAGAAGAAGGCAACGAGAAGAAGGCAACGAGAAGAAGGCAACGAGAAGAAGGCAACGAGAAGAAGGCAACGAGAAGAAGGCAACGAGAAGAAGGCAACGAGAAGAAGGCAACGAGAAGAAGGCAACGAGAAGAAGGCAACGAGAAGAAGGCAACGAGAAGAAGGCAACGAGAAGAAGGCAACGAGAAGAAGGCAACGAGAAGAAGGCAACGAGAAGAAGGCAACGAGAAGAAGGCAACGAGAAGAAGGCAACGAGAAGAAGGCAACGAGAAGAAGGCAACGAGAAGAAGCAACGAGAAGAAGGCAACGAGAAGAAGGCAACGAGAAGAAGGCAACGAGAAGAAGGCAACGAGAAGAAGGCAACGAGAAGAAGGCAACGAGAAGAAGGCAACGAGAAGAAGGCAACGAGAAGAAGGCAACGAGAAGAAGGCAACGAGAAGAAGGCAACGAGAAGAAGGCAACGAGAAGAAGGCAACGAGAAGAAGGCAACGAGAAGAAGGCAACGAGAAGAAGGCAACGAGAAGAAGGCAACGAGAAGAAGGCAACGAGAAGAAGGCAACGAGAAGAAGGCAACGAGAAGAAGGCAACGAGAAGAAGGCAACGAGAAGAAGGCAACGAGAAGAAGGCAACGAGAAGAAGGCAACGAGAAGAAGGCAACGAGAAGAAGGCAACGAGAAGAAGGCAACGAGAAGAAGGCAACGAGAAGAAGGCAACGAGAAGAAGGCAACGAGAAGAAGGCAACGAGAAGAAGGCAACGAGAAGAAGGCAACGAGAAGAAGGCAACGAGAAGAAGGCAACGAGAAGAAGGCAACGAGAAGAAGGCAACGAGAAGAAGGCAACGAGAAGAAGGCAACGAGAAGAAGGCAACGAGAAGAAGGCAACGAGAAGAAGGCAACGAAGAAGGCAACGAGAAGAAGGCAACGAGAAAGCAACGAGAAGAAGGCAACGAGAAGAAGGCAACGAGAAGAAGGCAACGAGAAGAAGGCAACGAGAAGAAGGCAACGAGAAGAAGGCAACGAGAAGAAGGCAACGAGAAGAAGGCAACGAGAAGAAGGCAACGAGAAGAAGGCAACGAGAAGAAGGCAACGAGAAGAAGGCAACGAGAAGAAGGCAACGAGAAGAAGGCAACGAGAAGAAGGCAACGAGAAGAAGGCAACGAGAAGAAGGCAACGAGAAGAAGGCAACGAGAAGAAGGCAACGAGAAGAAGGCAACGAGAAGAAGGCAACGAGAAGAAGGCAACGAGAAGAAGGCAACGAGAAGAAGGCAACGAGAAGAAGGCAACGAGAAGAAGGCAACGAGAAGAAGGCAACGAGAAGAAGGCAACGAGAAGAAGGCAACGAGAAGAAGGCAACGAGAAGAAGGCAACGAGAAGAAGGCAACGAGAAGAAGGGCAACGAGAAGAAGGCAACGAGAAGAAGGGCAACGGAGAAGAAGGCAACGAGAAGAAGGCAACGAGAAGAAGGCAACGAGAAGAAGCAACGAGAAGAAGGCAACGGGAAGAAGGCAACGAGAAGAAGGGCAACGGGGAAGAAGGCAACGGGAAGAAGGCAACGGGAAGAAGGCAACGGGAAGAAGGCAACGGGAAGAAGGCAACGGAAGAAGGCAACGGGCAACGGGAAGAAGGCAACGGGAAGAAGGCAACGGGAAGAAGGCAACGGGAAGAAGGCAACGGGAAGAAGGCAACGGGAAGAAGGCAACGGGAAGAAGGCAACGGGAAGAAGGCAACGGGAAGAAGGCAACGGGAAGAAGGCAACGGGAAGAAGGCAACGGGAAGAAGGCAACGGGAAGAAGGCAACGGGAAGAAGGCAACGGGAAGAAGGCAACGAGAAGAAGGCAACGAGAAGAAGGCAACGAGAAGAAGGCAACGAGAAGAAGGCAACGAGAAGAAGGCAACGAGAAGAAGGCAACGAGAAGAAGGCAACGAGAAGAAGGCAACGAGAAGAAGGCAACGAGAAGAAGGCAACGAGAAGAAGGCAACGAGAAGAAGGCAACGAGAAGAAGGCAACGAGAAGAAGGCAACGAGAAGAAGGCAACGAGAAGAAGGCAACGAGAAGAAGGCAACGAGAAGAAGGCAACGAGAAGAAGGCAACGAGAAGAAGGCAACGAGAAGAAGGCAACGAGAAGAAGGCAACGAGAAGAAGGCAACGAGAAGAAGGCAACGAGAAGAAGGCAACGAGAAGAAGGCAACGAGAAGAAGGCAACGAGAAGAAGGCAACGAGAAGAAGGCAACGAGAAGAAGGCAACGAGAAGAAGGCAACGAGAAGAAGGCAACGAGAAGAAGGCAACGAGAAGAAGGCAACGAGAAGAAGGCAACGAGAAGAAGGCAACGAGAAGAAGGCAACGAGAAGAAGGCAACGAGAAGAAGGCAACGAGAAGAAGGCAACGAGAAGAAGGCAACGAGAAGAAGGCAACGAGAAGAAGGCAACGAGAAGAAGGCAACGAGAAGAAGGCAACGAGAAGAAGGCAACGAGAAGAAGGCAACGAGAAGAAGGCAACGAGAAGAAGGCAACGAGAAGAAGGCAACGAGAAGAAGGCAACGAGAAGAAGGCAACGAGAAGAAGGCAACGAGAAGAAGGCAACGAGAAGAAGGCAACGAGAAGAAGGCAACGAGAAGAAGGCAACGAGAAGAAGGCAACGAGAAGAAGGCAACGAGAAGAAGGCAACGAGAAGAAGGCAACGAGAAGAAGGCAACGAGAAGAAGGCAACGAGAAGAAGGCAACGAGAAGAAGGCAACGAGAAGAAGGCAACGAGAAGAAGGCAACGAGAAGAAGGCAACGAGAAGAAGGCAACGAGAAGAAGGCAACGAGAAGAAGGCAACGAGAAGAAGGCAACGAGAAGAAGGCAACGAGAAGAAGGCAACGAGAAGAAGGCAACGAGAAGAAGGCAACGAGAAGAAGGCAACGAGAAGAAGGCAACGAGAAGAAGGCAACGAGAAGAAGGCAACGAGAAGAAGGCAACGAGAAGAAGGCAACGAGAAGAAGGCAACGAGAAGAAGGCAACGAGAAGAAGGCAACGAGAAGAAGGCAACGAGAAGAAGGCAACGAGAAGAAGGCAACGAGAAGAAGGCAACGAGAAGAAGGCAACGAGAAGAAGGCAACGAGAAGAAGGCAACGAGAAGAAGGCAACGAGAAGAAGGCAACGAGAAGAAGGCAACGAGAAGAAGGCAACGAGAAGAAGGCAACGAGAAGAAGGCAACGAGAAGAAGGCAACGAGAAGAAGGCAACGAGAAGAAGGCAACGAGAAGAAGGCAACGAGAAGAAGGCAACGAGAAGAAGGCAACGAGAAGAAGGCAACGAGAAGAAGGCAACGAGAAGAAGGCAACGAGAAGAAGGCAACGAGAAGAAGGCAACGAGAAGAAGGCAACGAGAAGAAGGCAACGAGAAGAAGGCAACGAGAAGAAGGCAACGAGAAGAAGGCAACGAGAAGAAGGCAACGAGAAGAAGGCAACGAGAAGAAGGCAACGAGAAGAAGGCAACGAGAAGAAGGCAACGAGAAGAAGGCAACGAGAAGAAGGCAACGAGAAGAAGGCAACGAGAAGAAGGCAACGAGAAGAAGGCAACGAGAAGAAGGCAACGAGAAGAAGGCAACGAGAAGAAGGCAACGAGAAGAAGGCAACGAGAAGAAGGCAACGAGAAGAAGGCAACGAGAAGAAGGCAACGAGAAGAAGGCAACGAGAAGAAGGCAACGAGAAGAAGGCAACGAGAAGAAGGCAACGAGAAGAAGGCAACGAGAAGAAGGCAACGAGAAGAAGGCAACGAGAAGAAGGCAACGAGAAGAAGGCAACGAGAAGAAGGCAACGAGAAGAAGGCAACGAGAAGAAGGCAACGAGAAGAAGGCAACGAGAAGAAGGCAACGAGAAGAAGGCAACGAGAAGAAGGCAACGAGAAGAAGGCAACGAGAAGAAGGCAACGAGAAGAAGGCAACGAGAAGAAGGCAACGAGAAGAAGGCAACGAGAAGAAGGCAACGAGAAGAAGGCAACGAGAAGAAGGCAACGAGAAGAAGGCAACGAGAAGAAGGCAACGAGAAGAAGGCAACGAGAAGAAGGCAACGAGAAGAAGGCAACGAGAAGAAGGCAACGAGAAGAAGGCAACGAGAAGAAGGCAACGAGAAGAAGGCAACGAGAAGAAGGCAACGAGAAGAAGGCAACGAGAAGAAGGCAACGAGAAGAAGGCAACGAGAAGAAGGCAACGAGAAGAAGGCAACGAGAAGAAGGCAACGAGAAGAAGGCAACGAGAAGAAGGCAACGAGAAGAAGGCAACGAGAAGAAGGCAACGAGAAGAAGGCAACGAGAAGAAGGCAACGAGAAGAAGGCAACGAGAAGAAGGCAACGAGAAGAAGGCAACGAGAAGAAGGCAACGAGAAGAAGGCAACGAGAAGAAGGCAACGAGAAGAAGGCAACGAGAAGAAGGCAACGAGAAGAAGGCAACGAGAAGAAGGCAACGAGAAGAAGGCAACGAGAAGAAGGCAACGAGAAGAAGGCAACGAGAAGAAGGCAACGAGAAGAAGGCAACGAGAAGAAGGCAACGAGAAGAAGGCAACGAGAAGAAGGCAACGAGAAGAAGGCAACGAGAAGAAGGCAACGAGAAGAAGGCAACGAGAAGAAGGCAACGAGAAGAAGGCAACGAGAAGAAGGCAACGAGAAGAAGGCAACGAGAAGAAGGCAACGAGAAGAAGGCAACGAGAAGAAGGCAACGAGAAGAAGGCAACGAGAAGAAGGCAACGAGAAGAAGGCAACGAGAAGAAGGCAACGAGAAGAAGGCAACGAGAAGAAGGCAACGAGAAGAAGGCAACGAGAAGAAGGCAACGAGAAGAAGGCAACGAGAAGAAGGCAACGAGAAGAAGGCAACGAGAAGAAGGCAACGAGAAGAAGGCAACGAGAAGAAGGCAACGAGAAGAAGGCAACGAGAAGAAGGCAACGAGAAGAAGGCAACGAGAAGAAGGCAACGAGAAGAAGGCAACGAGAAGAAGGCAACGAGAAGAAGGCAACGAGAAGAAGGCAACGAGAAGAAGGCAACGAGAAGAAGGCAACGAGAAGAAGGCAACGAGAAGAAGGCAACGAGAAGAAGGCAACGAGAAGAAGGCAACGAGAAGAAGGCAACGAGAAGAAGGCAACGAGAAGAAGGCAACGAGAAGAAGGCAACGAGAAGAAGGCAACGAGAAGAAGGCAACGAGAAGAAGGCAACGAGAAGAAGGCAACGAGAAGAAGGCAACGAGAAGAAGGCAACGAGAAGAAGGCAACGAGAAGAAGGCAACGAGAAGAAGGCAACGAGAAGAAGGCAACGAGAAGAAGGCAACGAGAAGAAGGCAACGAGAAGAAGGCAACGAGAAGAAGGCAACGAGAAGAAGGCAACGAGAAGAAGGCAACGAGAAGAAGGCAACGAGAAGAAGGCAACGAGAAGAAGGCAACGAGAAGAAGGCAACGAGAAGAAGGCAACGAGAAGAAGGCAACGAGAAGAAGGCAACGAGAAGAAGGCAACGAGAAGAAGGCAACGAGAAGAAGGCAACGAGAAGAAGGCAACGAGAAGAAGGCAACGAGAAGAAGGCAACGAGAAGAAGGCAACGAGAAGAAGGCAACGAGAAGAAGGCAACGAGAAGAAGGCAACGAGAAGAAGGCAACGAGAAGAAGGCAACGAGAAGAAGGCAACGAGAAGAAGGCAACGAGAAGAAGGCAACGAGAAGAAGGCAACGAGAAGAAGGCAACGAGAAGAAGGCAACGAGAAGAAGGCAACGAGAAGAAGGCAACGAGAAGAAGGCAACGAGAAGAAGGCAACGAGAAGAAGGCAACGAGAAGAAGGCAACGAGAAGAAGGCAACGAGAAGAAGGCAACGAGAAGAAGGCAACGAGAAGAAGGCAACGAGAAGAAGGCAACGAGAAGAAGGCAACGAGAAGAAGGCAACGAGAAGAAGGCAACGAGAAGAAGGCAACGAGAAGAAGGCAACGAGAAGAAGGCAAGGGAAAGAGGCGUCCUACAGGAUGACACUUGGGCCAUUAAAAUAAAGAAAACUUUACUGAAACUGGUGGGCAGUGUUCAUCUGGCGGGAGAGAGUGGACAGAUUGCAAUGGCAGCCCCACGUGACUGGCCCCAGCAUCUUCCGCCAGCUGAGGCCACAGAACGUAAGGACGUCGUUCAGGACGAAUCUUUGGUCAAGAACUUUACUAUCAGAAUUCAACCGGUGGACACGGAUAGUCCACCGAAGCUGAGUAAGCCGCUGCCAGUGCCCAUGACCCCACGUGACACGCCCCCGCAACUGUCUCCAAUCGAGGGCGUAGGACUUCAGGCUGUGCAGUACGACGACGCUCGCUGCAGUACUGAAUCUGAAGCGAGCAACUCAGACAGCCUGCAACUCCCCUUGUCGAAGCGCUGGAAGUAUGAACUGCUACCGACCUCAGACAGUUCGCCCACCGCCAUCAGGGCCAAGCUAACGCGGAGCGCACAAGCCUAUGACGAUUCCAACGACGAUGACAGGUCUCUGCAGGAAGAAAACGAUUUCAGUGAAGAUGCAGAGGAUGCGUUAUGUCAGCAAGAUGGCCCAUAA